UCCUGUCACUUGUCAGUUUACUUGCUGCUCUGCUGUCUGUUUUCUGUUAGUGAUUUUUCAUUCGUUGUUGCUAUUGCUCGUGUCGUCUUCUUGGGUGUGAAAAUGUCUAUCGAGGCCUAAGCUGUGAGGCACUGUGUGAACGAUGAAAAGUAGCCCUACGCGCAAAUAUGAGAAUUUCUCCAACGACCACCACGGGAAGGAAACGGACAAGUAUUCACUAGACAGCCAAGACACCGCCAGUGUGCAUUCCACGGAGGAGGGGGGCGGGGGGCGGCGCGGGUUGAUCGACGUGAGCGCAGGUGCGGGCGACAUGUGGAUCAGUGCCGUCGAGAGCUCCAUACUGUCAUGGGAGGAGGUGGCAGAACGUCUCAACGUGGACGUCCGCCGCGGCCUGUCAUGGCGCGAGGCGAACGAUCGGAUGAACUUCGUGGGCCCCAACGAGUUCCAGGUCAAAGAACAGGAGCCGCUAUGGAAGAAGUACAUAGAACAGUUCCAGAAUCCACUCAUAUUGCUGCUGCUUGGCUCAGCAGUGGUGAGCGUAUGCAUGCGGCAGUUCGACGACGCGAUCUCCAUCACCGUGGCCAUCAUGAUCGUGGUGACGGUAGCCUUCGUUCAGGAGUAUCGGUCUGAGAAGUCGCUGGAGGAGCUGAAUAAGCUGGUGCCACCAUCUUGUAAUUGUCUCCGAGAAGGCAGCCUCGAACAUUUCCUGGCCCGAAACCUCGUCCCAGGCGACAUAGUCCACCUGAACAUCGGUGACCGGGUUCCAGCAGACCUCAGGCUCUAUGACUCCACAGACCUGGCGAUCGAUGAGUCCUCGUUCACCGGGGAAACGGAGCCAGCUGUUAAGAGUGUGCUCCCGAAUAAGGCUGCUGCGGGGAGGGUGAAUAAGGAUAAUAUUGCCUUCAUGGGGACUUUGGUUAGGUGUGGUAAUGCUAAGGGCAUUGUAGUAAGCACAGGCGAACGCUCAGAAUUUGGCGACAUCUUCCGAAUGAUGCAAGCUGAAGAAGCUCCAAAGACUCCCCUACAGAAAUCCAUGGAUACCCUCGGAGCUCAACUGUCCAUGUACUCCUUCUGCAUCAUCGGGUUCAUCAUGGUGACUGGCUGGCUGCAGGGCAAGGCUUUGCAGGACAUGUUCACUAUCAGCGUCAGUUUGGCUGUCGCUGCUAUUCCUGAAGGUCUUCCGAUCGUGGUGACCGUGACCCUGGCUCUCGGCGUGAUGCGUAUGGCCAAGAGGAAUGCCAUCGUCAAGAAACUGCCCACCGUCGAAACCCUUGGAUGCGUCAAUGUCAUCUGCAGCGAUAAGACUGGAACCCUAACAAAGAACGAGAUGACAGUGACAACUAUAUCGACAUCGGGCGGCCAUAUUGCCGAAGUGACGGGCACCGGGUACAACGCAUGCGGCGACAUACAGUUACGCGCGUACAAGGGACGCGAUCUAGACGUCGCUAGGAUGGCCGUCAAUACCAUGUUAGAGGUGGGAGUACUCUGCAACAACGCGACGCUCCGUGACGAGGCGCUGUACGGGCAGCCCACGGAGGGCGCUCUGCUCGCGUGUGCGCUCAAGAACGGCAUGCGGGACGUCAGGGAGGAUUACAACCGAUUACAUGAAAUACCUUUCAGUUCCGAAACAAAAAUUAUGGUAGUGAAGUCCGCGCCAAAAUUCUCCGACGGCAAAUUGAAAGAAGAGGUAUUCGUAAAGGGAGCCAUCGAGAAAGUUCUACCGCUAUGCACUCAGUACAUCGAUAGUAGCGGCAACUAUGCGCCCAUGACUAAGGAGAAACAAAACGACUUUAUCGGCGAGGCUUAUAAUAUUGCUAGGAUGGGUCUCCGCAUCAUAGCCCUAUGCCGCGGUCCUCGAGUAGAGUCCCUCGUAUACACCGGAGUAUGCGGCAUAUGUGACCCGCCGCGUGACGGCGUACGUGACGCCGUGGCCACGCUCGCACGUGCCAGCGUCGACGUCAAGAUGGUGACGGGCGAUGCCAGGCCCACUGCGCUUGCUGUCGCACAAAUGGUUGGUUUGGACGUUCUGCAUUCGCAGUCUUUGGCCGGCGAUCAACUCGACGCCAUGUCUGACGAAGAAUUGGAUAGGAUGAUUGACACCGUAAGCGUCUUCUACAGAGUGACUCCAAAACAUAAGUUGGCUAUAGUGAAGUCACUACAAAGGGUGGGCAACAUUGUAGGCAUGACUGGUGACGGCGUGAACGACGGUGUGGCACUAAAGCGGGCGGACAUCGGCAUCGCGAUGGGCCGCAACGGCACCGACGUGUGCAAGGAGGCCGCCGACAUGAUACUCGUUGACGAUGAUUUCGCUACUAUUAUCGCCGCCAUAGAAGAGGGCAAAUGCAUAUUCUACAACAUCCGCAACUUCGUGCGUUUCCAGCUGUCCACGUCCAUCGCGGCGCUGUCGCUCAUCGCCCUCGCCACGCUCAUGGGCAUCCCCAACCCGCUCAACGCCAUGCAGAUACUGUGGAUCAACAUUAUUAUGGACGGUCCCCCGGCCCAGUCCCUCGGCGUAGAACCAGUGGACCACUCGGUGCUACGGCGUAGGCCGCGCGACACGACGCGCCGCAUCAUCUCCCGCGCGCUGCUGCUCAACGUGCUGCUGUCUGCCGCCAUCAUCAUCGCCGGCACGCUCUGGGUGUUCAACAGAGAGAUGUCAGACAACAAAAUAACCCCCCGCGACACGACAAUGACGUUUACAUGCUUCGUGCUCUUCGAUAUGUUCAACGCGCUCUCAUGCCGGUCACAAACCAAGUCUCUAUUCCAAGUGGGCCUGUUCUCCAACAAGAUGUUCCUGGUGGCUGUCACCCUGAGCCUGGUGGGACAGAUGCUGGUCAUAUACUUCCCGCCGCUGCAGAGGGUGUUUCAGACUGAAGCGCUAACUGGACAUGAUAUAAUAUUCCUCGUAUGCCUCACAUCCAGUGUAUUCAUAGUGAGCGAAGUCAAGAAACUGAUCGAGCGUUCGUUAAAAAAGCGGGCUGCUGGCAAAUUCACCGGCAAGUCCCGGGAUGCCAUGGACUUCGUAUGACACAAGCCCGACGGCAAGGCGCAGUAAGCAUGCAACUCGCCAUCGCUGACUCGCAACAAUCCGGACAUAAAGACAUUCGAAAUUUGAGCCCUAGUGCAGGUGAGAGUGCGAGUGUUAGUGAGAGUGCGAGUCCCGGCGCCCCUCGUGCGAGUGCGAGUGACCCGCGCGAGGCCGAACGCCCCUUCUCCAUAUACGACGGUAAAAUCAAUAUUCCUACUAAUUUCUAAACGAAAUUCCUCCGCAGUAUUUUUGUGUGACUAUUUUAUUAUUGUUAAGCUUCGUUUAAUUAAGUGGAACUAGUGAAUUUAUAUUUUGCGAUCUUUUGUUUUUUUAAAGCGCGACGAAAUUGGACGUUUAUUUUUUUAGUUUUACUUUUUUUAAGUUUAUUUUUAGAUGACUAUGUGUGUGUCGUAUAUGGAUGUGCUAGGUAAUGUAAGAUGAUAUGUAGCGUUAGACAAUUCAAUAUUCGCAGAUUGCAGAGUUUUUACCUACUAACUUAUGUUUAUAGAAAGGUAUUAUAAAAUCUCAUUAGAUUGUUUAAAUAAUUUAAACUCUGCAAUCGCGAAUUAGGUAGAGAAAUAAACUUUUCUCUCAAUAUUGCAUUUAUAUUAUGACAGUUUCAUUGUGAACAGAAAUGAACAAUAAAUAUUAGGGAACCAUUGACAGAGACAAUUUUCAUAAUUCAUGAAAUUCAUCUCAAUAAUAUUUAUACCUGAAUAAUCACUUUUCGAUGUAUUCUAAACAAGAAAUAUUAUCGGCAAACCAGUGGUUGUAUUUUGAACUUUAUAACGAGUCACUUAGGCUACAUUUUGGAAAAAUAUUCAACAUGAAUACGUGGUAUGAAUCUGUUAUCUAAUUACGAACUGUACCAGUGUUUAAAUAAGGUUCAAAAUACAAGAAAGUCUUGGUUAAAAAUGAGGCCACUUUGUAAUAUGGAAAUAUGUAGUAGGUAAAUAAAAAAGUGAACUUAAACAUUGAGUAAUAUGUAAAUGGAUGUGGUAAUAUGAAAGGUUUACGCGUUUUAGGUAAAAAGCCAGUUUUGUUAAAUGGUAAGUCCAUUUCAUAUUACAUCCGUGUUCAAAGACAACAUUCCUUUGUCUAAGAUAAAAAAAAUAUUAAAACAAUAGAUCCGCAAGGCUCUUGCACUAAUUAUCAUAAUUAUAAAAAUAAAAUAUAAACAAUUUAGGCAAAAAUACGCAAGCUUGCUUAGAAUUUUAGACGUUUCUUUAGCUUCGGUAGGAAACCCAGUUUUUGAACUUUAAAAAAAAAUAGAAUAAUAAGUACUUAUAUACUUAUAAAACAUAUUACAUAAACGAUGUAAAAUAACGGGUAAAAAAAUCAUGCCAUUUCUGUUGGAGGGAGAUGGCGCUAUACAAAUAGUAUGUCUAUCUCACUCGCACUAUGUUUUAAAAGCAUCUAGCUUUGCCCUGUAUAUAGCUUGAAAAGCUUAUUUAUUAUCCUCUCGAUUUUUCAUUAAAAAUAUAAUAUUUAAUUUUGCAAAUCGUUAGAAAGUAAAUUAUUGGUGUAGCCAUAUUUAAAUUGUUGUAUCGACAUCGAUAGAUGAUUUAGUUUAGUUGGGAGUGUUUGAAAAAGUAGAAAAACUAAACCGAUUAAAAUAAAAAAAUAAAUAUUUUAUUUUUUACCAACUUCAAAAAGGGAGGUUCGUGCGUGAUUAUCUCACGCUGAACCGACUUUGAUAUGGUUUUCAGUAGAGUAUUUAUCAGACUUAGGAGAAGGUUUAAAGUAUAUUAUUGAAAACGAUUUUUUAUGCUUUUGGUCCAACAUAAUCCGUUUCAUAAUUAGUUAAAAUUUUAAAGUAAAAUUAGAAUCUGUAGUAGACUCUUGUGGACCAUAGAUAUUGAAUAUUCUGUAACAGCUGUUUUUAAUAUUGAUAUUAAUAUCUAUUAUUCGAAUUAUAUCAUGAUACGAUAUCUUGACAGCGUUAGACGCGAUUUUCAAAUAUAAAUUAAUGUUUAAGUAGCUUGAGUUACAUAUUACCCAAAGGGGAUUUUAAUAUUAUGAAAUUGGUAUAAAGUAGGGACGUAAAAAACGUUUUAAAAUUAAACGUACUAAAAAAUCUGAAACAGAGAGUGAUCUUUCUCACUCUAACAUUGAAAGUAAAGCAUGUAACCUUCUCGGUCUGUCCAUCUUUCAUAGUUAAAUAUUCCGAGGAGUUGCUUAAAUAACUUGUAAUUAAUUACAAAAGAAUGUCAUACUAUUUGUUGACGAUAAUUCUUGGCUGAAAAAAGAAGUGCAAAAGCCAUGCUAAAUGAAUAACCCCUGUAAAAGAAAUUAGUCGAAACGUCUAACGGUCUAAUAAAAUCUUAGAACAUUAAAAAAAAAUCCCAAGUAUUUCAGUAGAUUACAAGUUAUAUAUUGUGUAACCUAUAUAAUCAUUUCGCUGUAAUGUUGCUUACAGUGCAGCUAACUUAUUCAUAUUUAUAAUUAAAAUUAAAUAAAAAUUGUAAACCUAUGUCGUAUCUUUACUCUCAGUUUUAAUGUGUAUUUAUGAACAUGCUGUAUCAAUUGGAAAUAUACAUGUAUAUAUGACUAUGUAUGUUUGUAUAUCCAAAUUAACUUACAGAUAAUACAUACAAUACUGUUGUAAAGCUCAAAAUGGGCUCGAAAUAGACAUUCGUCUCAUUGGGCUAUCACAGAGGUCACCAAUCUUCUUAUAUAUCCUGGUAAGCAAACCCAGCUUCAAACUGGUCGUAUAUGUAUGUAUAAUUCCGAUUGUAAAAAGCUCUAUUAUUAAAAAUAAUUUAGUUUGGGAGUGUGUGUUGGCUGUGAUAAUCAAUAAUAUGGCCCCGGAUGAUAUUACAAGGUUUUUAAUUAUACUGACAACAGUUAUUAUGAAACAUUGUGAAAAUAUUUAAAACUUAUACCAUUGUCUAUGUUAUGUACAGUCAUGGACAAUAAUAAGUAUAGUUUUUACUCGUUUAAUGUCCAUAGACUGUACGUUACAAAAAGUUUUAUUUAUCUGUGACAUAAAAAUACCAAUUUUGACAUAAACUCAUGUUUGGUCUAACGAGGUGCUUGAUAUUGUGAAUGCGAGUUGGUAGCAUUGUUAAAAUUUAUUGUAAUCGUAUCCUAUUGAAUUUAGUUGUGUCUUUUGACUGUUAGAAGCAGAUUGAGUUAUUAUGACAGUAGAAUUGGGUAUGACUCGGCUUUAUCAAGUAAAAAUUAUGUUAAGUCUCUUGAUAAAAGAAUAAUCUAUCGUAUAUUGGAACAUCACUAGCUUAUUAUUACUAUUUUAGUGACAAGAAAGUACGAUAGUGCUUGACUUUUGUACUCAGAACAAUUUCAUCACAACUCUACUGUCAAAUAUCGAGUAAGAACCUGUUUCUAGCUUCACAAAAAUUUGAUGUUUCAUCCAUUGUGAGCCUAAUCUCUUCUUAGUGGAAAACGUCGCGAUGUCAUAAUAUAUGUUAGUCAAAGUAAUUCAGUUUUAUUUGUUAGUUUAAAUUAUGAAAUCGUAUCAAAUGUCUGCUUUUAAGUAUUUAUGAUCUUCUACACGACUUUUGAACUACCGUCACAUUUACAACUCAAUGACAAGUACAUAAAACGUUGUAUAUCCAAUGAAUUGCAAAAUGACAUUAUAUUUUUUUUUAUUUUCAAAAUAUUUUUUCUUCUAUAGAAUAAUUUCGUAUUUUUGCUAAUUUUUUUUCUUAUUGUCAAAUGUGCAAGUAGUUCAAAAGUCGCAAGUUUGUGUGAAAAGUAAGUGAUAAUGUAAUGUUUCCAUGUGAUCCUGAGUCAUAUCUGUAUGUUUGUGUCUCUGCGAACUAUAUUGUCUCUUAGCUGUCAUACUACUAAAGGGGAUUAACGUCUAGCAA